AUUUCUAUUCAGUUCAAUAGUUACAGUGUACUACUUGGACAGACAGUAACUCUUGUCUGUACAAUAUCCGCUAACCCAAGUGCCACAAGUGUACGGUGGUAUAAAGUUAUUAAUGGUGUACAAACUUCUCUCUCUACCACUGCUGGGAAAUAUAACAUGCCAACUGUCAGCAGUCCUAAUCUGAUUAUCAACAGUGCUGCUCAGAGCGAUACUGGUUACUAUGUUUGUACAGCAACUAACAUUGUCGGUACCGGAGCUUCAUCUCAGACUUAUUUGACUGUUACAGGAAAUUUGCCAACAGUUACUGUUACCUUGUCAAAUUAUAACACUAACAUUGGUGGGACUGUGAUUCUUGGUUGUACUGUUGAUGCCACUCCUGCUGCCACCAAUGUAUACUGGCAACGUAUCAUUAACAAUCAACAACAAAGUAUUGAUACAACCUCCUCCAACUCACGGUACAGUGGUUCUACUGUCUCUAGUCCGUCACUUGUCAUUACUAACGCUCAGUCAUUGGAUGAAGGAAACUAUAUAUGUUAUGCUACAAAUAGCAUUGGAACUAGUAACAGCCAACAGACUUAUCUCAACGUCCUUGGGAAUAUCCCCGUAGUGACAGUACAAGAAAGUGUGUACUCUGUCAACAUCGGAGGUAGCAUCAAUCUCGUGUGUAAUAUACAAGCAAACCCUCCUCAUACCUCAGUCACAUGGCAGAAAAUUAUGAAUGGAGUUACGACCACGGUUACAAUAUCUGGGAGGUUUUCUGGCGCUACAGUAAACAGUCCAACUCUUACAAUAUCUAAUGUAAUUCUUGACGAUGAAGGAUACUAUGUAUGUUUUGCAACGAAUAGUGUUGGAAACGGUCAAAGUCCGCAAUGUUUUUUAGAUGUCAUUGGAAGUAUCCCGACAGUAAUUAUAGGGUCAGACUACUACCCAGUUAACUACGGAAAUACAGCAACCAUUGAAUGCAAUGUUGUUGCUACACCAACAGAAACAAGUAUAUCGUGGCAGAAAAUACAGAAUAGUAUACCGUCGACAGUAGUUAUAUCAGGACGAUACCAGGGUGGUAAUGUAUCUUCCCCACAUUUGAUUAUCACUGAUGUGGAAAAUACGGACGAGGCAUUCUACAUGUGUUUUGCUACUAACAUUGUAGGAAUUGGACAAAGUUCUCAGACCUAUCUCGACGUACAAGGAGGUAUGUAUAACAUAGUUUAAAUAUCCAAAAUACCA